AUGAUAAAUGCAUCGGUUGUAUGUUCUCUUCUCACAGAGAAGUUUUCUCAAUCUACAGGAUCGAGAAAAAUUAGUCUUCAAUCUCCAUCAGCACGUGAAGAAGAGGUUACCAAUCAUUUAGCUGAAUUAUUAAAUACAAUUAUCAACUGUCAUGAGUUUACUGUAGAAAGUGAAAUUUCUCUUGAUUACAUUUCCGGUGAUUUAACCGAAGAUGAAAUUGAUCAAUAUGCUGUAUCAGAAGACUCUGAAUUAGAUCCUGAUUUCAACGACACGGACAACGACGACAGUGAUGGUCUUCUUCAAAAAUUUUCUUUAGAUUAUAUGAAAAAGGUUAUUGAAUAUUAUGAUGAAAGAAAUCCGUUGACAGGAAAACGCCGUCGGUCUUGGAAGGGUGUGAAGCGUCGAUUUAAACGUGUUACACAUUCAUCAUAUAUAUCUCGUUUUCGUGCUUAUAUUGAAAAGGGAGGAACGAGAACGCAAAAAUGGGAAAAUAUUAAUAAUUAUGUGUAUCAUAAAUUUGAACAAGCUCGAGAAUCUAAUCUUCCUGUAAUAACAACCAAACAAGUAACAAGUAAAGAAGAAGUUCAACAUUCUGCUGAUGAAUUUGUAUCAACUGUACGAAAUCUUUUACCAACAUAUAAUCUUGAUUAUGUGAUAAACACAGAUCAAUCUGGUAUUCAACUUGAGUUUUAUUCAACUCGAAUCCUUUCUUUUAAAGGGGAAAGAAGUACUGCCAUAAAUGUUCGUUCGAAGAAUGCGACCACACAUUCAUUUACCGUGCAACCAUGUGUCAGCCUCAGUGGCAAACUUGUCGGACCACUUUUCCUUUGUUUAAAAGAACCCGCUGGUUAUUUAAGUGAAAAUGUUUGA